AUGUAUUCUUCCUCGCUGCUCCGGCUGGCCGCAGCUGCCCUCGCGCUCGCCGCCCACUCGCAUGCGGCCCGCACGGGUGACGACGACGACUUCGACGACACUCCCCUGCCGCUCGUCAUCUGGCACGGCCUCGGCGAUGCCUUCAACGCCGACGGCAUCAGGCAGGUAGGCGCCCUGGCCGACGCGAUCCACCCGGGCACCUUUGUGUACACCAUCGCCCUCGGCGCCGACGCCAACGCGGACCGCCGGGCCACCUUCUUCGGCAACGUCACCGCCCAGCUCGACUCGGUCUGCGAAGCGCUGGCCGCCCAUCCCAUCCUCUCCACGGCCCCCGCCGUCGACGCCAUCGGCUUCUCCCAGGGCGGCCAGUUCCUGCGCGGCUAUGUCGAGCGUUGCAACUUCCCUCCCAUCCGCAGUCUGGUCACCUUCGGCAGCCAGCACAACGGCAUCUCCGAGUUCCGCGACUGCGGCGACGCCGACUGGCUGUGCAAGGGCGCCAUGGCCCUGCUGCGCUUCAACACCUGGAGCAACAUGGUCCAGUCGCGCCUCGUCCCUGCCCAGUACUUCCGCGACCCGCAGGACUACGACUCCUACCUGGAGAACUCCAACUUUCUUGCUGACAUCAACAACGAGCGCGAGCUCAAGAACGCCCAGUACAAGGAAAACAUUGCCAAGUUGACCAACUUUGUCAUGUACAUGUUCGAGGACGACACCACUGCCAUCCCCAAGGAGUCGUCCUGGUUCGAAGAGGUCAAUGGCACCGAGAUCACCCCUCUGCGUGCCCGCAAGAUGUACCAGGAGGACUGGAUCGGCCUCCGUGAGCUCGACCGCAAGGGAGGCCUCAAGUUCCGCUCUGUCACCGGCGAGCACAUGCAGAUUACUGAGCAGGUCCUCAACGACACCAUGAUCGACUUCUUUGGCCCUUACAAGAGAAGCUUUGAUUCUGAUGCCACUGCCCCUGAUGCCGUCUUCGAGUCUGAGGAGCUGUAG